UACCGCUUUAAUCCUCCGCUGUUUCCAAAACUGUUAACGCUCAGGAAAUUUUACGUUAAUUUCCAUGUUAGGGAUGCACGCCGAGAACAAAAGAACUUUGAGUGAUUACGUCAAAAAUAUACGCCUUUUUCCUGAAGUUGAAAAUUCUAAGUUUGUGAAAACAAAAACGGAGAUACGUAAGCGACAAAUCGCUUCUUAGAGGGGACACUUGACACCAAAAUAGGAAUGAUAUUGACUUGCGAAUUUGAAUAAUGCUGAGGUCAUUGUUAGAGAAAUUAACGAGAGGUUAUUUGUAAACGACUCCAGUCGUCACACUGUUCCAGUCAGCUGAAUCAAAUUGAGCUGUUUUGCAUCACAAAGGAUACGAAACGGAUCGAGACAAUAAGGGAAUAACUGAAACGUAGGUUGGGAGGAGAAGAAAUUCACAAAAGUUUUGUUCAAGGCUUGAAAAAAACACAAAGUGAUCUUACUUUACAGUAUCGAGGAGGAGAGAGUCGUUUUAAUCGGCCAUCGUUCAUCGAUGAACUGUAAUUGUUACGUGAAGUGGGUCGUUAGAUUCUAAAAUAAGGUUUGAGAAUUUGCAUAGAAUUCCACGAGGUCAAGAACCCAAUAAUAUGCCAUCAGCAGAGCCUGAAACAGCGACGAAAGCAAAAGCUAGAGCGGAACCCUGGCCAGGGAUGUCUGCUCCUCCAAACCCUGAACCUCUUCCCGACUGGGAUGUUGCGCUGAAAGAUUGGAAAUCUCUAUGGGAACUUCACUACAUCGGAUUUGGAGUGCUGUUCUUCGGCGUGGCUGUUUUCUCUUGUAUUUGCGUUGUAAAAAUCAAACACAGAGCCAAAGGUAUGACUUUGGGAAAUUACUUUCUUGCCGUUUGUGUGAUGUUAAUGACGUUUUGUGUCUCAAGAACACUGUACCUGUUCCUCGACCCGUACGAAUCGCACACGAUCUUGGAUCUUCCUGUGUUGUUAAGCAGAAUUCUCUUUGCCAUUGGGUAUCCUUGCUUAACAUCAGCGUUAUCCUUGAUACACUUCGCUUUCCUCGAGGUAAACAAACUUCGACUGAUUUCACGUCGUCUUCAAAAUAUCAAGUUUCUGGUUUCGGUGAUUGCGACGCAUUUUGUGGUAGUGUUAAUCGUGUAUUUAGUAAUAACACUGGCACCGAAGCUCGCCCGUUUGCUAAUUUUAUGCCAAACGGUGUUAAUUUCCUGGUGGUUGAUCCUGGCGGUGUGCUUCUUGUACAGUGGUUGGAAAGUGAACUGGGAAUCGCAAAUCACAGCCAAGUUCUUCAACAAUACAAUGGCGAAGGAACGAAUCGCUUCGACGCUCUCUACUUCCUCGCUCAACCCAAGCUCUAAUAUCACAGUCGAACAGGCAAAAACUUUUAACAACGAUCAAAACAAACCCUCGAAAGGGGCGCAAAAAAUCGCUCGAAUUUCUGGCCUCGUUUCGAUUCUCGCGCUGCUAAACGUCGGUGCAGAACUUUAUUCGCUUUUCUCGUUGUACAAACUCUACGAUUUCGCGGAAGGAGAGAGUGUUGUCGAUCACUGGCCAUGGUGGGGUUACCAAACAGUGAGCCGCAUGCUAGAUUUUUUGCUAUGUUUGGUAAUUGCCUAUGUUAUUUUCCCUUCGACUCAAACUGAGAAAACUCUCAAACAUUCCGCGUCUUACGGAGUGGACAGUCACUCGAAUCGUAUGAACAAGAAUGUGUCGAAAUCGUCUGACGGGAUAGAUGCGGUGUGAAAACACGAAAAUGGAACGGAAAUAAAAGAGAAACGAUUUGUUCGCUUCGCUGCAAACGUGAACCGGAUGUGAAAAACUUCGCAAAGGAGAUUUCAAGCAAAAGAAGAUCAGCCAAUGAAGUUUACGUGCGAAAAUGAAACUUAACAAAGAUCAUCAGUGGUUUACUGUACGUCACCAAAAACAUGACCCGGAAAUCGGAUAACAUGAGAAAUACGUGAAGAACACAGGUUGGACAUCCGUUUGCAAUGGACUAAGCGGCGUGCAGGCAAACAGGACUAAUCACCAGCUUUACUUGAUAAACACGAACUCACGAAAUGAAGGCGUUUCGAAUCAAGAAAUUGAAAUUUGCAUGUUUUUUAUCAAUAAUUCAAGACAGUUUUUAGCUUGCGCAAUGACGUUUUAAACAUAUGUUAAAUCGAACUGACAGAUGAACAUGACAACAAAUCAAAACAAAACAUUUUAGUUUACCUUUUAAGAGAAAACUAACAUUUUUUAAAGGUUACAAUUGUCACGAAAGAUCCUAAAGGCAUUUAGCGGCUCACUUUGCAAGUUCAAUGUUUGUGGGAAAAGUCCUUUUAUAUCAACAUACAUGUUUAUUAAUUGUAAGUUCGCUAAGUUACCUCUAAAGGCAGCAAAAAAGACUCGGUUUCGUUAAAUACAAUGAAAUAAUUGAAGAGAAAAACUGCGUAGUUUUUUGUAUGGAAAUGGAGAGAGUUGGAAGUUAAAGGCUCAUUUGUGAACUCAUGUAAGGAGAGUAAAAUCACCACACCAAUUCAAUCAA